AUGGCAACAAAUACAAUAAAUGAUGAAGAAAUUACAUCGGAAACAAAUGAUAAAAUCGAAAAUUCCUCAUUGACAAACGAUGAAAAUAAUUUUAACAAUGAAGAUAAUCCAUUUCAUUUACUCGAAGGUCGAUGGACAUUUUGGUAUACACAUCGACCAACUACAUUUCGUAAUACUGCAGUUAAUUAUGAUUCUUGUUUGAAAAAACUCGGUACAUUUGGUUCCAUUGAAGAAUUUUGGUUUUAUUAUGAUCAUAUGAAAUUUCCUUCUGAACUUCCAUUUUAUAGUGAUAUUCAUCUAUUUAAAGAAAAUUUAAAACCAAUGUGGGAAGAAGAAGGAAAUCGUCUUGGUGGUAAAUGGAUAUUACGUUUAAAAAAAGGUUUAUCUACACGUUUAUGGGAAUUACUUGUUUUGGCUAUUAUUGGUGAACAAUUUAAUGUUGGAAAAGAAAUAUGUGGAAUUGUUUGUUCAAUUCGACCACAAGAAGAUCUUAUUAGUGUAUGGACGAAAACUGCUAAUAAUCAAUUAGUUACACAAAGAAUUAAAGAAACAAUGAAAAAAGUACUUAGUUUACCACAAGAUUGUCCAAUCGAAUAUAAGACACAUAAUGAUUCAUUACGUGAUAAUUGUAGUUAUCGUAAUACAGAUCGUGUUCGGUGA